UUAGGAGUUUGCUUAAAUUACAUGAAUGAAUGGUGUUUAUCUUCUUUAAAUGAUUCAUUCUUGUCUGUAAAACGUGAUUAAAAGUAAAAUCAGAUGAAUUAUUAACAUACAGAUCAAUGCAAUGAGAAGUGUAUUAAUCAAAACAACGACCGUCUAUACUACGUCCUUGACCGGCAGCUGAUUGGACGAACGCGUCACGUGGGUCCAGGUACUCUCCUGAAUUUCAAAAGCAUAAUGGCGGCUCGUUCGGAGUAUACAAUAUCGUAUUUUACGAAAAUGGUUCAUCGAAACGUGUUUUUAAAGACAUUUUAAGCGAGAAAUAGGCCACGCAGUUGCUAAAUCUGUCAUCAUUUCAGAUCCACAAAGGUCAGUUUGAAAGAUUUUCGUCAGAUUUUGAGAGGCGGGAAACGCGACGGCCGCUACUCAUUUGAAUAUGGGUAGUUUGAUUAAUCUAAUUCAACUAACAUGAGAAUGAGCGGGUGAAUCGAUGCUCGCGACGCUACCAGAAUGCAUUGCACGGCUCCCUUGAAGCGUGGACGUGACGCUGACUUUGAUUCAGGAGUCGGAUACAGCAGACACGGAUGACUAACUCCUGCAUGUUUCCCAUCCUCCAUCAUCCACGUGUAAGUCAAUUUCGAACAAGUUCUGUCCCCAUGCUUUGAGGGGUGUACCUCAUGAAAUACGUGUGACGUGUAUGUGGCAGUGCAAACAUUGUCCCACCAGAGAGAGUACAAGGUACAAAUUACUUAAACAUUAUAAACUACAUCAUCAUUAUGCGAGAGGCCAACAAUAUCAAUGCAUAUAUGUAAAUUGUCCAUGCACAUUCAGGACGUGGACUGGACUCCACACCCAUGUCUAUAAAGCGCAUUCAUCGCAACCUACACAGACUGCUUUGAAUUCAGUUACAUUUAAAUGUGAGGUAUGUGAAUGUAGUGACCUCUCUACUGAAAGAGAUUUUUUUGUUCAUAUUGGGACACAUCUGCAUAGUUGUGAGACAGUUGGUUGUGUAUUUCUUGGAUGCUCUUUCCAGACAAAUAUUUACAGUACAUUUUACACACACAAAAAGAGGAAGCAUCAUCCACACACACUAAAAGAUUUUAAAACCAGUGUAGUUCAGUUUGUGAACCGCGCCCAAGUAUCAGAGGCCUCUGAUAUUGCGGGGGCUAGCUGUACUACUGAUGUGUCAUUUGAUGAAGUUGAGGCUGAGACAGUGACAGAAUGUGAUAGCGAGGCUGUUGAAAAUCUGCCAGAAGUAAUUGAGCGGAAAAUAGCAGCAAUAUUGUUAAAAUUGGAACACAUAUUUCAUAUUCCAGCAAAAGGAUUAGAUGAGUUAUUGGAGGAGUUACAUUUUUUAAGUUUAGCUAGUGAACCUGUCGCAAAGUGUGCAAUUGCUGACAUUUUUAAAAAGCAUAACCUCAAUAUCGGUCAGGCAGUUGUCGAAGAACUUGCUAAUUCUGUGUGUGUUUCUCACCCUGUCACUAAGAGUUUUGAAAAGUGCGGCCCUCUUGCCACAUCUUAUAAAAGAAAGCAAUAUUACAAGGUACAUUUUAGAGUUGUAGAGCCUGUUGAGUACUUUUUAUCAGUAGAACAAAAAAGGUCGUUUCAGUAUGUUCCAUUAUUACAGUUAUUGCAGGAAAUACUGAGUCACAAUAAACUACUGGAUAAAGUGAUUGAAGAACACAUAGCUCAAGAAAGCAGAGAAGCUUUGCAUGGUGAUCAACAAGUUUACAGGUCUUUUCGAGAUGGUGAAAAUUAUAAAAGAAAUGGCUUUCUAGCGGUUGAGAAGUUGAGAAUUUCGAUUAAACUUUAUAUUGAUGAGUUUGAGGUUUGUAAUCCUCUUGGGACUUCGCGCAAGAAGCAUAAGCUUUGUGGGGUGUACUGGGUUUUAGACAAUUUCCCGCCUGGCUCUCAUUCUGCUCUCUCAUCAAUUUAUUUGGCUGUUCUUUGUAAAAGUGAUGAUUUGAGGAAAUUUGGUUUCCAAGAAGUGUUGAAUCCACUUUUGAAAGAUCUGGUAAUUUUGGAGGAACAUGGUGUGUUCAUCAGUCAGUUGAAUGAGUGUAUCAAAGGCACUGUGAGUUGUGUUGUAGCUGAUAACCUGGGAGCCCAUGGCCUGGCAGGUUUUGUAGAAAGUUUUUCAGGUGAAUACUUCUGUAGAUUCUGUACAGCUAAGAAAACGGAAAUUCAGUUGAUGACAGCUAGUCGUUUUGAGCUUAGAACGCGGGAGCUCCAUGAUGCACAUUUGAAGUGUGCAUUGGAAAAAGAAAGUGCAUGCUGUGGUGUUAAACGUGACUGUGUAUUGAGUAAGAAUCUCUCCCAUUUUCAUGUUACUGCAGGCUACCCUCCUGAUCUUGCCCAUGAUCUAUUUGAGGGCAUAAUACCUGUAGAGCUAGCAUAUUGUUUUUCUCUUUUGAUUUCAAAAAAGUAUUUCAGUUUAGAAAAACUUAACAAUUUGAUCCAGACUUUUGAGUAUAAAUGGGCAGAUAAAACAAAUAAGCCUCACACAAUACCACAGACUUUCUCAGUAAAAAAAAGCAUUGGUGGAAACGCACACGAGAAUUGGGCUCUGCUUCGAUUGUUGCCUCUAAUCAUUGGUCCACUUUUGCCGGAGGAUGAACCUGCAUGGCAUGUUGUUUUGGAUCUCAAAGACAUAGUGGAGCUUGUUGUAGCCCCUGUCCACACUGCUGAGUCAAUAUCUUACCUUGAGUGCAAAAUUGAUGAACAUCGCCAGAGAUACCAAGAGCUUUUUCCCAACAACAGUCUUCUCCCUAAACAUCACUUUUUGGAGCACUAUGCUGUUCUGAUUCAACGUUUUGGUCCUCUUGUCCAUACAUGGACAUUAAGAUUUGAGGCAAAACAUAGUGUCUUAAAACAAAUUGCUCGCCAUACCAACUGUUUUAAAAACAUACCUCUCACGCUUGCCAGAAAACAUCAGCUUGUGAUUGCCUCCGACUUGCACUCUGUUGAUCAUAGGACACCUGUGGCGGUAACACACGUCUCAUCAAUACCAGUAGAUGUUUUGCAAAGUGACGUUGCAGCUGCUAUUAAGCAACGAUUACCACAUGAGAACAAUGUCCAGAUUACAAACUGUGUUUCAUACAAUGGUAUGAAUUACAACAAGGGAAUGAUUCUUGUCCAUGGGCAAUUAUUUGGUCUACCAGAGUUAGCUGAAAUUCUGCAGAUAUGUAUUUUGCAAGGCCAGAUACAUUUUAUUGUGAAAAAGUUCUCCAGUUGGUAUAGAGAGCAUUUUAGAGCAUUUGAACUGGACACAUUACAUGUGAAAGAGGUGGCUCUGAUUGGGCAUGGGGAACUACUUGAUGACUACCCGUUAGCUGCCUAUUCAGUGGGAGGUCUGCGUCUGGUUUCUCUGAAGAGACACAUCAACUUACAUAGAAAAUUGGACUAACAAGGAAGUUUGUUUCCACCAUGAGCCAUCCUAUGAGACUGAGGAUCAUUCUGGGUGAAAACGAUUCCAGAAAGCUAAUCCUGCCAGCAGGGAAACCAGGCUCCGUGGAAGAAUUGUGCCAGACUAUAAAGACUAGUUUUGGUAUAGAGCAAGACUUCCGUCUUCAAUAUGAAGAUGAUGAUUUUGGAAAGGAGUUCAUAAAUCUGUCUGUGAUCUCUGAAAUUGAUGACAUAGCGACUUUAAAGGUGAUCUACUUGCAAAGUUCUUCAGAAGAUGACUUGAUACGUCAACCUCAAGCAGUCCAGAGCCUUACUGAUUCCUCAUCAGUCUCCUCGGUUGACACGGAUAAUACAGAGCCUGCUUCAUCAUCAGGGUCAUCGCCAUCUACACGGCUGUGCAAGUGGCCAAGUGUCUUUACAGUCCCUCCAUUUAACUAUGAGUCUGAACUGCAACUGGAAACAGCCAAUGCUGAAUGCAAUGCUAGUGGAACUUAUUUGAGCCCACCACCAAAGCUGAAAUCUCACAUUUUGGAACGACUGUCUGAAGACAUUAUUAAAUUCAAAGCCUAUCCAACUGACAAGGAUCUUAAUGACGUUGCAGAAGCACUUGUAAAAAAGCAUCCCUGUCUGAGAGAGCAAGGAUCCUUCAAUGGCUGUUAUGGCUGGAAGAUAAGCCUUAAAUACAAAAUGGCCAACCUCCGGUCGAAACUGAGAGGCCUAGGAUGCCCUGAAGUGACGAUAAAUUCACUAAAGAACAAGAACCAAGACAAGCGCUUGGCAGCAUCGAAUGUCAAAAAACCCAGAAGGGCAGAAGUCAAUUACUGUCCACAGCAUCCAAAAGGAGAAACCACUGAGAGUCUGGAGAUGGACAGGGUCACACUGCUUUCAGAAAUCAAGAAGAGGAACAAUGAGCAUAUCGUGAAGUUGAAAAUGGAGAAGACUUUCUCAUACAGGAGGCAAGAAAUCCUUAAAGGAGAGCCUUUGAUUGCAGACUUCAAAAGCAGAUGGCCAGCUCUGUUCACUGCGAAAGAGAUCGAUAGGGAGUUCCAUCGCAUAUCAACUUUACCUCUACUUUCUACGUUCUGUGCUGCUCUUGACCAGUACUCUCCACGUCUGAUGGAGAUAUUUGAAUGCAAAGGUGGAGCAGCUGGAAGAAAAAUAAGAAAUGUCAUGGCGGAGACUUCCAAGGAUGACACAAUUCAAACAAGACGAGCAUGUGUCCUCAAGUCCUUGUGCAUCUACUUGAACGAAGACAACGAGAAACUUGUGAAGGAUUAUAAGAACACAGACGUCGAGGCCAGUGCUUCCAUGGAGCAAACUGUGAUGGGGGUGUAUGUCAUACGGAAGGAGGGUGCGGAGCCUGAAGAUAAGCCAGAGGACAUUGGUGUCCUGAUCGAAGGUGUGGAGGUCCUCCGUGAGUUAGGAAAUAUUGGGGACGCCUGUGCAUUGUUAUUUGGACUAAUAUACUGUCUGAACCUGAGUUACCCGGCAGACCUCAAAUGCACCUUUGAGGUGAUGCAGAAGAUUCUCAUGAAUCUGGAUGGGCAGAGGUUGUCGUCCAAGGCACAAUUCCUAAAAAACAAGCUAAUGAAGUAAAGUUGCUAAGUAAAAGUCUACUAUGCAGAUUUUUUUUUUUUUUUGCUUCCUAGUCUUCACAAGUUCUUUUAGUUUACAAGUUAAAAAAUCUUUUAACAGGACUAAAAUAUUUCUACUUCUGGAAAAGUACAAAAAUGUUGUUUACAUAAGAAACUGUUGAGUUUAAAGAUGUUACGAUACCAGUUGUUUCUUGCCAAUUCCGCAAAUACAGAUCUCAUACCGGUGUUUUAAAAAUGUUUACAUUUCAUUGUUUUACAGCUGUACUGCCUGUAUUGAUGUGACCAGUAUUAAAAUUGUUCCCAGUUUAUUAGCAAAAUGGUACAAUUGGCUGCAUGUGUACUGCAGACAAAGUGUUUUAUAAAAAUGCACUGUUGCAUAAAUAAAAAUGUCAAUUGGAUUUGCAUGUUAUUUUACAUUCUUGUCCUACAGUAGGAAUGAAAACAACACUAAUAAAACCAGCAAG